AUGCUGGGCCUGGACGCGUGCGAGCUGGGCGCGCAGCUGCUGGAGCUGCUCCGGCUGGCGCUGUGCGCGCGGGUCCUCCUGACCAGCAAGGACGGGGGGCAGCUGCCGCCGGAGGAGGCGCUGGACGAGGCGGUGCCGGAGUACCGGGCCCCAGGCAGGAAGAGCCUCCUGGAGAUCCAGCAGCUGGACUCCCACGACGAGAGCCUGGCCAAGUACAAGCGGGCCCUGCUGGGGUCCCCGCCGCCCCCCGCGGACCCCAGCCUGCCCAACGUGCAGGUGACCCGGCUGACGCUGAUGUCGGAGCAGGCUCCGGGGCCCAUCACCAUGGACCUCACAGGGGGGCCGGCGGCACUGAAGGGCCGUGUGUUCGUGCUGAAGGAGGGGGCCGACUACAGAGUGAAGAUCACCUUCAAGGUCAACAAGGAGAUUGUCAGCGGCCUCCAGUCCCGGCAUCACACCUACCGCCAGGGCCUGCGCGUGGACAGGGCCGUCUACAUGCUGGGCAGUUACGGCCCGCGCGCCCAGGAGUACGAAGUGGUGACCCCGGAGGAGGAGGCUCCGCGGGGCGCGCUGGUGCGGGGCGCCUACGUGGUCCGGUCCUGCCUGACAGACGACGACAGGAAUGACCACCUGUCCUGGGAGUGGGGCCUGCACAUCGGCCGGGACUGGGGGAGCUGAGCGCGUGUCCCCCUGCACGAACCCCACUGCCCAGCCCCCAGUGAUUGCAGCCCCAAGCCCUGUCCCCCUGGGGCGCCCCUCCCUGGGCCUGUGCCCCAAACAGCCCUAUUAAAUGUCGCCCUGUCUCGGUGGCCUCGGUGUCCUUC